AUGGAGCUUCCAUCAGUAAUGUCGACGCCGGUGACCGGGUUAGUCGCCGCACUGGUGGUUAUAGGCUUGACCUACUUGGUUCAUAGAUGGAGAAAUCCUAAAUGUAAUGGAGUUCUUCCUCCGGGCUCUAUGGGCUUCCCUCUCAUCGGAGAAACCCUUCAGCUCAUUGCUUCCGGUUACACUCUUGACCUUCCUCCCUUCAUCAAGAAAAGAGUUCACAAAUAUGGACCCAUAUUCCGGACGAGUUUGGUGGGUCGAUCCAUUGUGGUAACAGCUGACCCUGAAAUCAACAGUUUCAUAUACAACCAAGAAGGAAGGACUGUGGAGCUUUGGUAUCUAGACUCCAUCUCCAAGGUGUUUAAGCAAGACGGAGAGGUUAAAACCACCGCCGGUGGAGCCAUCCAUAAGUACCUUCGAAGCAUCACUUUGAACCACUUCGGUUCCGAAAGUCUCAAGUCCAAGCUACUGGCUGAUAUCCAACGAUAUGUUGAUAAAGUUUUCACCCAAUGGUCUAACCACCCCUCCGUAGAAAUGCAACGUGGAACUCUUACAAUGUUAUACGAUUUCAAUGCGUAUAUAAUGUUCGGUUAUGACCCUGAAAAGUCUAAUGAGAAUAUAAGUGAGAGCUUAAUCACAUUAGCUGAUGGCUUCAUGUCUUUCCCAGUGAACGUCCCUGGAACUAAGUAUAACAAGUGUCUUAAGGCACAAAAGAGGUUGGUCAACACGUUCAAGGCUCUCGUCAAAGAGAGGCGCCAAGCCUCUGUUGCUGCUGCUCGUGGGGAUUUUCUCGAUCAAGCCCUUCGCGACAUUGAAAACGAACAGUUUCUCACUGAAGAGUUUGUUUCCAAUUUGUUGUUUGGUGUUUUAUUUGCCAGUGGCUCUAUUUCUGGAUCUCUUACCCUGAUGUUCAAGUUACUUGCGGAAAAUCCAUCGGUCGUGAAGGAGUUGACCGCUGAGCAUGAGACAUUCUUGAAACAGAGAAAAGAUCCAAAAUCUCCCAUCACAUGGGAGGAAUACAAGUCAAUGACAUUUACGCUUUACGUUAUAUACGAAGUUUUUAGAUUAUCAAACGCAAUGCCUUUUCUGUUGCGGAGAACUACAAAAGAUGUGAACAUAAAAGGAUAUACAAUUCCAGCAGGGUGGACGAUAAUGGUUGCCAAUUCAGCUCUUCAUUUGAACCCUCAAACCCACAAGGAUCCCUUGGACUUCAACCCAUGGCGCUGGAAGGAUCAUGACCAAUAUUCGAUUUCGAAGACCUUGCAGCCUUUUGGAGGAGGAACUCGACAAUGCGCCGGAGCUGAUUACACCAGGGUUUUCAUGGCCAUCUUCCUCCACACUCUUGUCACCAAGUAUAGUUGGAAAAAGGUGAAGGGAGGAGAAGUUUCUCGAAGUCCUAUUCUCAAAUUUGGAGAUGGCAUUCAUGUCAGCUUCUCAGCAAAAGCUUAA